UCCGUCUGUUUAUGUUCAAUUAUCAGCCGUCACUGACUCUAACGCGCUCUUCUGUCUGGACACACGCUGUUAGUGGACUGAGUCAGUGUUUAAUGUGCUAACCAGGAGCUAGCUGACGUUAGCCUGCAUUAUUUAGUAUAAACACUCUGUUGGAGCAGCUGUCAAACUCUUGUUUGCUCUGUAAAUGGGGACUAUAAGCGGUUUCCUAACGACGUCACUGCACGGACUGUAGUGUCUCCAUCAGGUCCAGUACACAGUCUACCGUGUUUACAUCCCACAGAUGCAUCACUCAGACUCCAGCGGAGAGUCACCGGUCAGCAGGAGGAUGUCCCACCCGUCAGUGACCGGCCGCAGGGGCAGCGGUGUUACCGUCUCAUCUGAUGACCACCAGACGUCCCCCGGACCCCAUCACCCCCCCCACAGCCUCAGCCUCCUGACCCCCGGGUCACAGGUCAAGAAGAAGAGCGGCUUCCAGAUCACCAGCGUCCUGCCCGCGCAGGUGUCCUCCGCCAGCGCCAACACCAGCCUCGCCGACGACACGGAGAGCUACGACGACAUGGACGAAUCUCACACCGAGGACCUGUCCUCGUCCGACAUCCUGGACGUGUCUGUGUCCCGAGCCACGGACACCGGCGUCCCCGAGAGGAGCUCGUCAGAGGAGACGCUGAACAGUGUGCAUGGGGGCGAGACGCCCGGAGUCACGUCCCCCAACGAGCCGCUGAUGCAGCAGGGGUACAUGGUCAACGGUGUCCAACAUCAUCAUCAUCAGAAGACUGGACGACCCGCGGCUCCUGCAGCAGUCCCUGUUGUCCAGCAGGCUCCGGGCUCCAGCGGGCGCUCCGGCGUGGAUGCUGCUCCGUUACCGGACACCUCCAGUGCUUCUGUCCCUCCGACCGCGAGCGCCGUGACCACCGCCUCUCGCUUCAGGGUGGUGAAGCUCGAUUCCAACUCGGAGCCAUUUCGGAAGGGUCGCUGGAUGUGUACGGAGUAUUAUGAAAAAGACGCCCCAGCGGGAGACACGGGGGUCGCUCACAGAGCGGUGGAGAGCAUCAUUCAGUCUGAACACGAGACCACGAGCGGCAGCUCCUCUGGAAGCACUUUGAGCGGCGGAGGAGACGGUCAGCAGGCUCACGCUCCAGACCCAGGUGCCGGACAGACCGCUCUGUUGGGUGUCGAGAGUUCAUCUGCCUCGGUUCGACCCUACAGUGUAGAGACCCAGAGCAGCACCAAACCUCCGGUGUCCGUCAGCCAGAGUGCUCUUCCUCCAGUGGAGUACACCCCGAGGCCCACAGCUCAACCUCUUCAGAUUCCUCCGGUGUCACCCAGAGCUGUGCCAGUGUCCGUGGGGAUACCAGGGCUUCCUCCGGUGCCCGUGUCUCCGAGGCCACAGAUGAGCAUCAACCCGGACCAAACCGGAGCCCAGCUGUCUUCAUCUGCCGCUCCGAGCAACCUGCAGCCGCUGCACGGGGCCACUGUACAAGCGCUGAGAGCCCCGCUCCUGCCGGCGGGCCCCGGGUAUGUGACGGCCUCGCAGCUGGAAGAUGCCCAGAGACUCCUGCUGCAGCACCACACACUGCUCUCACUGCCACGGCUGACCGCAGGAGGCAUCGCAGGCCUCACAGGACCCCCUGCGUCUGAUGCUGCUGUCUCUGCUGAUGAAGACAGUUCCUCAGGAGCCAGUGUUGUGGCCAUAGACAACAAGAUCGAGCAAGCCAUGGACCUGGUGAAGAGUCACCUGAUGUACGCGGUGCGUGAGGAGGUGGAGGUGCUGAAGGAGCAGAUCAAGGAGCUGAUGGAGAGGAACUCUCAGCUGGAGCAGGAGAACACGCUGCUGAAGAACCUGUCCAGUCCCGAGCAGCUGGCACAGUUCCAGGCGCAGGUCCAGACCGGAUCGCCCCCCACAGGAGCCCCGCCGGCCCUCCCGCCCAACCCGGGCCCCGGACCCACCGCCUGACUACCUCUCUGUGAACGGACUCCACAAUC